UUAACAUCAAGCUUAUAGAACUCUUGCGGGAAAACGGCAAAAUGAGGACGCUAGUCGCCCUUACUUUGUUAGGAUGUGUCGUGGUAGCAUGUUCUGGCCGCGAAAUAGGUCAAGAUGUGGACCUUGUCGCAGCCGCCAGCCAUCAUAAAGGCCAUCACCACGAGGAAGGCGGCGGCAAAGAACACCACGCCCAUCAUCAUCAUGAACAUGGUGAAAAGGGACACAAAGGCCAUAAGGGACAUCAUCAUCACCACAAGGGCGAACAUGGAGAUCAUCACAAACAUCAUCAUGAAGGACAUCAUCACGAGCAUGGUGGCGGUCACAAAAAGCAUUGGGACGAGGAUGAUCACCACGGCCAUCAUCACGAACACGGCCAUCACCACAAAGGAGGCAAGCAUCAUCACAAGAAACAUCACGACAAGGGAGAGGAAACAGAAGGAUACCACAAAAAGUACCACAAAGAUGAAUACCACAAGGACCAUCACUUCUACGACGACCAUCACAAGGAAGGGAAACAUCACAAGCAUGGGAAACACCAUGGGCAUCACGACGAGCACGGAGGACACCACAAGAAAGGAGGGCACCACCAUUCGGGACACCAUGAGCAUCACCAUGGCAAAAAGGGACAUCAUGACAAGCACCAUUAUGAUGAAGACCACAAAGGUCACAAAGGACACGGUGGCCACGAAGAGCAUCAUCACCAUCAUCAUGACCAUGGCAAGAAAGGAGGCCACCACGACGAGAAACACUGGGGAUUCCACCAUGGCAAGCACUGAGAUCCAACCCUGCUAUACUUAUUUAAUUAUUGUCAGUGCCGUUAUUUCCUCGUUACAUAUUUGUAAAUAAAGUUUAUUGUUACUAUA